AUGCGUGUGCUGGCCAGUGUUGGUUUGUUGCUAUUGCUGGUCAUCGGCCACCCCAGAAGCCUAGGACUGAAGUGUGGAAUUCGCAUGGUCAACAUGAAAAGUAAGGAACCUGCCGUGGGAUCUAGAUUCUUCUCUAGAAUUAGUAGUUGGAGAAAUUCAACAGUGGCUGGACAUCCGUGGCAGGUCUCCCUAAAAUCACAUGAGCACCACUUCUGCGGAGGAAGCUUGAUUCAAGGAGAUCGUGUUGUUACAGCAGCACACUGCCUGGACAGCCUCAGUGAGAAGCAACUGAAGAACAUAAUUGUGACUUCUGGGGAGUACAGCCUCUCUCAGAAGGAUGAGCAAGAACAGAAUAUUCCUGUCUCAAAAAUUAUUACCCAUCCUGAAUACAACAGCCAUGAAUAUAUGAGUCCUGAUAUUGCACUGCUGUAUCUAAAACACAAAGUUAAGUUUGGAACUGCUGUUCAGCCAAUCUGUCUUCCUGACAGUGAUGAUAAAGUUGAAUCAGGAGUUAUUUGCUUGUCCAGUGGAUGGGGCAAGAUUUCCAAGACAUCAGAAUAUUCAAAUGUCCUACAAGAAAUGGAACUUCCCAUCAUGGAUGACAGAGCAUGUAAUAUUGUGCUCAAGAGCAUGAACCUCCCUCCCCUGGGAAGGACCAUGCUGUGUGCCAGCUUCCCUGAUGGGGCAGUGAACGCCUGCCAGAGGGACUCUGGAGGACCACUGGUUUGUAGAAGAGGUGGUGGAAUCUGGAUUCUUGCUGGGAUAACUUCCUGGGUGGUCGGUUGUGCUAGAGAUUCAGCUCCUCUAAGAAAUAACCAUAUGAAGGCAUCACUUGUCAUUUUCUCCAAAGUGUCUGAGUUGAUGGAUUUUAUCACUCAGAACCUGUUCACAGGUUUGGAUCAGGGCCAACCCAUCUCAAAAGUGGGUCCGAGGUAUAUCACAAAGGCCCUGAGUUCUGUCCAAGAAGUGAACGGAAGCCAGAGAGGAGAGGGUAUUUUAGACAUGGAAAAGCAAGUUGGAUGUGAUCAUGACUAUGUAUCUUUACAAUCAAGCAAUGGAGUGCUUAUUAGUAAGUAUACCAGAGAUCUCAUGGAAGAUGAUGGAAAACAAAACAAACAUGGAUACGUCUGUGGAAAUAUAUUGCCCUCACCAUUGCUGACAGAGACCGGUGAGACCAUGGUUCCAUUUGUUUCUGAUACAGAAGACGGUGGCUAUGGCUUUGAGCUUACCUUUACUGCCAUACAGAACUCAGAAGCAGGGUCAGGUUGUGGAAGUGUGGCUAUAUUGGUAGAAGGGACAAAUCACUCUGCCAAGUAUCCUGAUUUGUAUCCCAGUAACGUAAGGUGUCAUCAGUUCAUUCAUGCUCCAGAGAAACACAUUAUAAAGUUGACAUUUGAGGACUUUACUGUCAAACUUAGUCCAAACUGUAUUUAUGAUGCUGUUGUGAUUUAUGGUGAUUCUGAAGAAAAGCACAAGUUCGCUAAACUUUGUGGAAUGUUGACCAUCACUUCAAUAUUCAGUGCUAGUAACAUGAUGGUGAUUUACUUUAAAAGUGAUGGUAAAAAUCGUUUGCAAGGCUUCAAGGCUAGAUUUACCGUUUUGCCCUCAGAGUCUUUAAACAAAAUUGAACCAACGUUACCUCCCCAAAACAAUCCUGUAUCUACUAUAAAAGCUAUUCUGCAUGAUGUCUGUGGCAUCCCUCCAUUUAGUCCCCAGUGGCUUUCCAGAAGAAUCGCAGGAGGGGAAGAAGCCUGCCCCCACUGUUGGCCAUGGCAGGUGGGUCUGAGGUUUCUAGGCGAUUACCAAUGUGGUGGUGCCAUCAUCAACCCAAUGUGGAUUCUGACCGCAGCCCACUGUGUGCAAUCGAAGAAUAAUCCACUCUCCUGGACCAUUAUUGCUGGGGACCAUGACAGAAACCUGAAGGAAUCAACAGAGCAGGUGAGAAGGGCCAAACACAUAAUGGCGCAUGAAGACUUUAACACACUUAGUUAUGACUCUGACAUUGCCCUAAUACAACUAAGCUCUCCUCUGGAGUACAGCUCGGCAGUGAGGCCGGUAUGUCUCCCACACAGCACAGAGCCUCCGUUUUCCUCAGAGAUCUGUGCUGUGACCGGAUGGGGAAGCAUCAGUGGAGAUGGUGGCUUAGCAAGUCGCCUACAGCAGAUUCAAGUCCAUGUGUUAGAAAGAGAGGUCUGUGAACACACUUACUAUUCGGCCCAUCCAGGAGGGAUCACAGAGAAGAUGAUCUGUGCUGGCUUUGCAGCAUCUGGAGAGAAAGAUUUCUGUCAGGGAGACUCUGGUGGGCCACUAGUAUGUAGACAUGAAAAUGGUCCCUUUGUCCUCUAUGGCAUUGUCAGCUGGGGAGCUGGCUGUGUCCAGCCAUGGAAGCCGGGUAUAUUUGCCAGAGUGAUGGUCUUCUUGGACUGGAUCCAAUCAAAAAUCAAUGGUCCUGCUUCACUUCAGACAAAUAAUAAAUGCAAAACCUUAAAACAACAAUUGCUACCACCCUCACCUUCGCCAGGCAGUGCAUCUUGGACAGGUGGAUUACAUGGGAGAAGACUUUACUCAAUGACUUUCAUGAGUCCUGGACCACGGGUGAGGGUGACAUUCCAGUCCUUUGUACAAGGUGCAUUUGGCAUAAGCUGUAUAGUCUUGAAAGUCCUAGGUCCAAAGGACAGUAAAAUAACCAGACUUUCCCAAAGUUCAAACAGAGAGCACUUGGUCCCUUGUGAGGAUAUUCUUCUGAUCAAGCCAGAAGGGAUCAUGCAGAUCCCAAGAAAUUCUCACAGAACUACUAUGAGUUGCCAAUGGAGGUUAGUAGCCCCUUUAAAUCACAUCAUUCAGCUUAAUAUUAUCAACUUCCCGAUGAAGCCAACAACUUUGGUCUGUCAUGGUCAUCUGCAUGUUUACAAAGGAUUUGGACCAGGAAAAAAAUUAAUAGCUUCAUUGGCUGGAACGCUAGCAAUGAUACUGACAAAAGACAAAUUAAAACGAGAAAAACGGAAUUUUCUUAACACAUAUAUCAUGCAUAUGUGGGAAAAUUCGGUGUAUGAUAAUAUAAGAAGUGUUGGAAAAAGAAAAAAGAAGAAAUUUGCAUCGAAUUUAAGUUAUAGUAUGGAGGCUGGGAAUUCCAGGAUCCAGGUGCCAGCAGAUUUGGUGCCUGCUGAGGACUCACUUUCUGGUUCUUAG